AUCCACCAAAAUCAAAAAAGAAAAAAACGAUUUUUUAAUACAAAAUUCAUGCAUAAUGCAAAAUUUAGAUCAACCAAUUUUUUUCUCUUACAGAUUUAAAUCUUCAUUUCAGAUCACACAUUCUGCUAAUAUUUUUCACCAAGAAACCAUUGCAAAAUUAUUGAAAUUAUUUAAGAUAACACAAUAAUGCUCACAAUCAACACAGAAAUAACGAUCAAAUCUGAUCAUAGUCCUACAAAUACUACUCCUGAUAAUUCUGUCAAAGGUGAGAAGAAAAAAAAGUCUAUUAUUCCAAAGAUUUUCAGUUCUAUGCGAAAUGGAAAGGAAAGGGGAUCAAGUGAUGAAUUAGAGUCAGAUGGUGAUGAUAUAUUUUUUGAUUUUGACAGGAAGAUAACAGAAAAGAAUCAAGCUUUUAUAGAUUUAUAUCCUAAUCCUAUGAAGAAAAAUGGUAUUAAAGACAGAGUGACAAGUCCAGCAAUUGAAGGGCUGAAUUUAUGUAACUUUGAGCAGUCUAUGGCACCAGAAACAGAAAUCAAAGAAUUUAGGAUAUUUGUAGGAACAUGGAAUGUAGGAGGAAAGACUCCCAAUUCUGGCCUCAAUCUUGAAGAUUUCUUGCAGGUUGAAGGCUGUGCAGAUAUUUAUGUUUGCGGGUUUCAGGAAAUCGUACCACUCAGUGCUGGAAAUGUACUUGUGAUUGAAGACAACGAACCAGCAGCAAAAUGGCUAGCUCUGAUAAACCAUGCACUCAACAAGCCGCGGCUCGACCCCGAUUCGCCACCCAAUUCAAGACUCCUAAUAAACCACGACAACAUCAAAGACACAAAGCCACAUAAACUCUUCAACAGAAAUUCUCUGAAAGUCCUAAGCAAAAGCUUGAAAGUAGACAGCAGCCUUAUAAAGGUAUGCAAUUGUCCUGUCGAAUCGCCGCCUCGAGAGAGACACAGAUUACGGAAGCUGAAUGACUGCAUAAAUAAAUUAGACCCUUCGUCUUCUCCGGAGGAUGACCGGAGCAUUCGGUAUUCAGCCGAGAUGCCUAUCUUGCCUUGCGCUCCGACGCAGAUGUCUUACAGUUUAAUAACAAGUAAGAAAAUGGUUGGUAUUUUUGUGUCAGUUUGGGUUAGAAGAGAAUUGGUGCCUCACGUUGGACAUCUCAGAAUUUCAUCUGUAGGAAGAGGAAUUAUGGGUUGCCUUGGAAACAAAGGAUGUAUAUCAGUGAGCCUAACAUUACACAAAACUAGUCUGUGCUUCGUUUGUUGUCACUUGGCCUCGGGUGAGAAGGAAGGAGACGAACUAAGGAGAAAUGCUGAUGUAGCUGAGAUUAUCAGAAGCACACAGUUCCCCAAGAUUUGCAAGAGCAUCACUAAUCCUCGAGCCCCGGAGAGAAUUAUCGAUCAUGACCGGGUAAUAUGGCUUGGAGAUUUGAAUUAUCGAGUAGCGUUGAGCUAUGAGGAAACAAGAGUUCUUUUGGAGGAUAAUGAAUGGGAUAAAUUGCUUGAGAAAGAUCAGUUGAAUAUUGAGAGAGAAGCAGGGAGAGUAUUUAAUGGAUUUACAGAAGGACGUAUUUUAUUUGCACCCACCUAUAAGUAUUCCAAUAAUUCCGACUCUUAUGCCGGAGAAACUGUCAAAUCCAGGAAGAAACGAAGAACACCAGCAUGGUGCGACCGGAUACUAUGGAAAGGAAAAGGAAUCGAGCAGUUAUCAUAUAUAAGAAGCGAAUCAAGAUUUUCCGAUCACCGACCGGUUUGCGCAGUGUUCGCAGUGGAAGUGGAAGCAAAGAACAGAAACUACAACAGGUUUAGAAAGGGGUAUUCAUGUGCUUCUCAAAAGAUGGAUUAUGAUGAUUGCAUUCCUCAAAGACAUAGCUUUUAUGGCGUCUAAUUAUUAUCUUUUUCCUUUUUUUUUUAACUUGAGGAAGAAGUUACCUCUCUACGCAGUAGUAUUAUCAUUUUUGUUUUUUGUUUUUUGUUUUUUUUUACAGGCAGCAAGCAAUAUAUAAGCAGGAAAAUUAACUAUUAUGUAUAUAUUGAUGUUACUGAAAACUUCCAAUCCAGAUAGUGAUACCAAGUUCAGAAUGAA